UGCGACCCCCGGGCCCGAGCAGGACCCUCCAUACCCGCCGGUUCGACCCCUCGGACCCGGUUCCACCUCUCAGACCUGAGCAGGACCCUCCAUACCCGGUUCCACCCCCCCAUUCCCGGUUCCGCCCCCCCAUUCCCGGUUCCGCCCCUCAGGCCCCGGCCGGGUUCGGUUCCCUCAGAGCCGCCUCAGCCCCGCCCCCUCAGCGCUCUGAGGGCGCGAAUUUUCCCGCCCUUUUUUCCUCCCGCCCUUCUCCCCUCCCACCCCUGAUGGGCGGUGCUUGGAGCACGCCGGUCCCGCCCCCUCACCCGCCCAUCGCGCUCCCAUUGGUCCGUUCUGUCUAAAUUUGAAUAACCACGCCUUUUACCCGUCCUUCGCCGCGCCUUUUCUCCUUAUACGGCGUAGCCACGCCCUUCCCCUCGCGGAGCCGCGCCCGCGCUGUUCGAGCGCGGACAUGGCGGAGCCGGGGAUGGAGCCGGAGCUGGAACCGGAGCGGGGCCCGGAGGCGGUGACGGCCGAGGCGGUGCUGAGGGAGCUGCGGCUUUUCGAGCUGCGCUGCGAGGGCGAGGAAGUGCCCGACAAGCUGGUGGAGCUGUGCCUGAGCCACGGGCUGGGCCCGGUGGCCUUGGCCAACGAGCUGCUGGCCUUCGUCACCAGCAAAGACCUGGACCUGCAGCUCACCCCCGAGGGCCUGGACGCCUUCGAGCACGAGGUGCUGGCAAAGCGCGGCAGCCGCGGGCGGCGCGGGAGGGACGAGCGCCGGGGGCUGCUCCACGACAUCCACUCGCUCCAGGAGCUCCUGGACGAGGAGCAGGAGGACGAGCUGCUGGACGCCUACACCACCCCGUCCAAGGGCCCCCACAAGCGCAGCAAUUCCACACCUGAGACCCCCCGGGCCAAGCGGGCGCCGUCCUCCCGCAGCCCCUCGGGGCUCUUCUCCCCCGGCAGCUUCUCCCCGAGGUCAGUCACCCCCUCCCAGAAGUACCCGAGCAGGGGCGGCCGGGGCGAGGUCGUGGCCUCGUUCGGGGCCUCGUUCGGGGCCUCGUUCGGGGCCGCGCGGGGCCCGGCCUGGGGCGGCGGCGGCGGCGUCAGAACCUUCGGGAGCCCCGAGCGGAGCCUGAGCAAACCCUACAGGUUCAUGUUCCAGAAGGCGCUGGACGUCAGGGAAGUGCUGGCCGAGCGGGUCGAGGCGCUCGGGGAGGUUCUGCGGAGGCACCACGGCCUGGACGGCUUCAGCUGCGCCGCGCUCCCUGCGCAGGAGCCGCUGACGGUGCUGGGCCGGAUCGGCUGUGAUGGGAACGGGAAGCUGAACCCCAAAUCCGUGCUGCUGCUGGGGGACAGGGAGCACUCGGGGGGGGCCCAGGUGCCCCUGGACCUCUCGGAGCUUCCGGAAUAUUCCCUGUUCCCAGGGCAGGUGGUGGCUCUGGAAGGCACCAACACCACGGGCAGGAGGAUGGUGGUGACCAAACUCUACGAGGGGGUCCCUCUGCCCUUCCACACCCCCACGGAGCCCAUGGCAGCCCCGUGCUCGGUGCUCGUUGCCUGUGGUCCCUUCACGCCCUCGGACAGCGCCGCCUUCGAGCCCCUCCGGGACCUCCUGGACGUGGUGGAGCGGGACCGCCCCGACCUCUGCAUCCUGUUUGGGCCCUUCCUGGACGCCAAGCACGAGCAGGUGGAGGGCUGCCAGCUCCUGAGCCCCUUCCCGGACGUGUUCAGGCUCUGCCUCAGGACCAUCAUCGAGGGCACCCGGAGCUCUGGCUCCCAGCUGGUCCUGGUGCCCUCUCUCCGGGACGUCUCCCACCCCCCCGUGUACCCUCAGCCGCCCUUCUCCCUCCCGGACCUGCCCAAGGAGGACAGAGCGCGCGUGCUCCUGGUGCCGGAUCCCUGCACCCUGGACGUUGAUGGCGUCGUCCUGGGCCUCACCUCCACCGACCUCCUCCUGCACCUGGGGGCUGAGGAGAUUUGCAGCUCCCCCGGGGUCUCCGAUCGCUUCACGCGGAUCCUGCGGCACGUCCUGACCCAGCGCAGUUUCUACCCCCUGUACCCCCCCUCUGAGGAGCUCAACGUGGAUUUCGAGGCUCUGGGGGCGUUCGCGGCGCUGCCGGUGACCCCGGACGUGCUGGUGACGCCCUCGGAGCUGCGCUUCUUCAUCAAGGACGUCCUGGGCUGUGUCUGCAUCAACCCCGGGCGUUUGACCAAGGGCCAGGCCGGGGGCACCUACGGGCGGCUGCUGCUGCGGAGGGACGGACACGGGGACGGACACGGGGACGGACAAGGGGAUGGACAC